AUGCCGUCGGCCUCACUUCAGGUUUCGACGUCCACCCCGGAACCCGGGCCUGUAACUAUGCUGUCGAUCCGUGGAUCUGGCGAUCAUCGUCGCUGGCACCUGGCGGACACGUUUGCCGAUACGAAUUACAAUAUGUCUCCCGAGAAAGACGGCUGGGAGGAGAUAGUCGACUCAAGUUUGAACCUGAAUACCGUGGCAGAGGUUGCUCCGCUUGAGAAUGAAAGCACUAUCCCGCCUAUAAAUGACCCAGCAUCAGAGCAAAACGGCUUCCUCAUGGAUUACCUGUCCCAAUUACGGGAUGCGCCGCUUCUUUCGAAUGUCAAUACCCCACGAGCUGUACAGCUCUCUUCUUCGUCGAGGAUGAGAACAUCUUUUUCGUCGUUAUUAGAUAAUGAGGCCCCGGUGACAGCAACGACGCCUGCAGUUGACGACUCCGUCCCUGGACAAGAGUCACGGAAAGAGGAGUAUACGCCUAUGAGGGCCGCUGGAUCUAGCAUCAGGGAAUAA